AUGUCAAAUAUCAAUAUAGAUGAUGUGAAAUAUGUUCCAUCAAAUGAGACUGGUCAAACACAAAAAGCAAGCAAUGUUGUAACGAUGCAGCCAGCACAGCGAAAUUGUAACCAAAUCAAUACUCGGUCUUUAGAAAGUUAUUAUCAAUAUCAAACAAUGCCUUCAUCAUUUUAUCACAAUAGCGAAACAAUACCAGUGACAGCUGUUCAUCAUGUUACAAAUCAUCAUCAUUAUUUUUCAGAAAAUAUUUAUAAUAUACAUGAGUAUACAAUAUGGUCGGUCUUCAAUUUAUUAUUCUGUUGUCUUAUUAUUGGUGCUGGUGCACUUAGCAUGUCUUGUAAAACAAGAAAAAAGAAACGCUAUGGUGAUCUUGUAGGUGCACAAAAUGCUUCAAGAUUAGCUGCAAUACUGAAUAUAGUCGCUACUCUUUCUGGUAUUGUUACUAUUACUCUUCUUGCUCUUCGAUUUUCUGGACGUAUUUCAAUGUAA